GGUUCAUUAAUUGUAAUUUUAUAUUAUCAAAAUUUUAACCUUAAUGCAGAUCAAUUGCAUUAUAAUUCAGUCUGGGGGCAGAAUAAUGCACUUGUUGGCUCUAAAAUAUAUUAUACAGGUGGUGUGAUACCAAAUGCAACAAUUUGGAAGAGUGUUGUAGACUUUUUUAACACACCAAAUCAAAUGGCCACACAAUCAAAAGAAUUUUAUUACUUAGAUGUAUCAAACAAUUUUAAACCAAAUGGUAUAAUACCUUGGGUAGAUCUUAGUUCAUCAUCAAUUCUUCCACCCCAUUCUUGGA